AUGAUCUUCCCGGUCCUCGUCAUCAAUACUGCGGCAACGGCGAAAGCGAUUCUCACCCAGAACUCUUCCGCAACAGCCUCGAGACCAGAGUUCUAUACCUUCCACAAGGUAGGUGCCCUGGCGCAUGUUUUGUGCACGAGUCGCUCAAGAGACGACGCAAGAGUCAAAACCCAGACGCCUCUGUUCCGCGAAAUCGUCUACGUCGAGAAUGCGAUCAGCAACUUUCGAAGCACGACCAGUAAUCCUCCGGACUAUAUUCCCAUUCUCCGACUCAACCCAUUCAGCGGCGUCUCUACCACCGCCAAGGACAUGAGUGCUCGUAGGAACCGCUACAUGGCCGUCAUGGAUCAGGAUUUGGAUGAGCGCCUCGAGGCUGGCUCAUAUAAACCCUGCAUCCGUGCUAAUGUCAAGUUGGACCCUGACGGCAAGCUGAAUGAGGUCGAGUUAACCUCACUGAACGUGACCAUGACAGCAGCCGGUCUGGACACCAUGCAAUCUACGGUCUCUUGGGGUCUGGCCAUCCUUGCAAUGAUGCCCCAUGUCCGAGACGGGGCGUUGAGGGAGAUAAGGCAGAAGUAUUCCCAGUCCGAACCCCUGUGCGAUGCCUCGGAUGAUCUGAGCACACCCAAGAUAACAGUGGACAAGGCCAGAGAAUUAGGGUACCGAACUAUGAUCUUCCCAAUCACCGGCUUCGGAGGUGCUGUCAAGGGAAUCAAAGAAUCAUUCGCGGCAAUAAAGCAGAGUGGCGAAGAGCCUGCAGAUCUGGUGGGCGUGAAGGAAGCCUUUGAGCUGUGCGGACUGAAUGACUACAUCGAGGUAGACAAGCGAGCUCGUGGAAGGUUCUCGAGCGGCUGUGGCAGGAGGUACCUCCCAGUCACCCUCGAUGACGAGCGCCAUAUUUAUCACACGAUGAGGAUUGAUGAGAGAGACAGGUGGUCGCGAGCGAUGAAGGACCUUGUCAGAGGAAAAAGUCCAAGUCUUGUUCAAGGCUCUACGUGA